CCCCGCGCGCCGCAGACCCGGCUGGAGCGUCUCCGCCGUGGCGGUGGAGGUGGCCGUUACCGUUGCCUCCGCGAGGCUCUGGCGGCGGCUGGUGCUCCCCGGGCUCGCAGCGGGCAGCGGGCCGCCCCUCGCCCGUGGCCGCCUCGAGCCGUCCCAGCUGGGACUGGGAGGCGAGGUCGUGCUCGGCCCUCCUCUUUGCCUCCAGCCCCCGGCGACUGCGGACUCCGGGCAGCCCCCGGGCGGCGGCCGAGGCAGCAGAGCUGACGGCGGGGGAUGGCGAGAUAGCGGCGCGUGAGCGGCCCGACUGAAGACAUUGCACUGAUGAUGGAUGUUUCCUUAUGCCUGAGGCAACCAUUCUGGAUGGUGGACAGUACAAGAAUGAGGGCGACUUCCAAUUUCCGGUGGCUCUUAUCAACAUUUAUUCUUCUAUAUUUAACGAAUCAAGUAAAUAGCCAGAAAAAGGGGGCUCCUCAUGACCUGAAGUGUGUAACUAACAACUUACAAGCGUGGGACUGUUCUUGGAAAGCACCCUCCGGAGCGGGCCGUGGUUCUGUUUAUGAAGUGUGCAUUGAAAACAGGCCCCGUUCUUGUUAUCGAUUGGGGAAAACAAAUACUAAAAUCCCAACACUUUUACCUGGUGAUCAUGAAAUAACGAUAAACCCUAUACAUGAUUUUGGAAGUUCUAUAAGUAAAUUCAUAUUAAAUGAAAAAAAUGUUUCCUUCAUUCCAGACACUCCAGAGAUCUUGAAUUUAUCUGCUGAUUUCCCAACGUCCACACUACACCUGACGUGGAAUGAUAAGGGUUCUGCUUUUCCACACCACUCAAAUGUCAUUUGGGAAAUUAAAAUUCUACGUAAAGAGAAUGUGGAAGCUAUAAAAUUGCUAACCUACAACACAACUCUGAAUGGUCAGGAUACAGUGCAUCACUGGAGCUGGACCUCCGACAUGCCCUUGGAGUGCACCACUCACUAUGUGGGAAUUAGAUACUACAUUGAUGAUUCUCAUUUCUCUGGUCGCAAAGAGUGGAGUGACUGGAGCCCACUGAAGAACGUUGCUUGGUCCGUUGAUCCUGAUUCUCAGGCUAACGUUUUUCCUCAAGACAAAGUGAUACUUGUGGGCUCAAAUAUAACAUUUUGUUGUGUGACUCAAGAAAAAGUAUUGUCAGCACAGAUCGGCAGUACACAAUGUCCCCUUAUUCAUCUUGAUGGGGAAAAUGUUGCAAUCAAGAUCUAUAAUAUUUCUGUUUCUGCAAGUAGUGGAACAAAUGUGGUUUUCGCAACAAAAGAAAGCAUGUCGGGAACAGUUAUUUUUGUGGGAUAUCCACCUGAUAUUCCUCAAAAACUGAAUUGUGAGACAUAUGAUUUAAAACAGAUUAUAUGUACUUGGGAUCCAGGAAGACCGACAGCGUUGGUGGGCACACACAAUACAGUUUAUACUUUAUUUGAAAGUUUUUCAGGAAAAUAUGUCAGGUUUGAAAGAGUUGAAGUGCCCAUGAAUGAAAGCUAUCAGUUAUCCUUCCAAAUGCUUCCAAAUCAAGAAAUAUAUAAUUUUACUUUGAAAGCUCGCAAUCCUCUGGGUCAGUCGGAAUCAACAAUUUUAGUUAACGUCACUGAAAAAGUUUGUCCCCGUACUCCUACUUCAAUCAAAGUGAAGGAUAUUAAUUCAACAGCUGUUAGUCUUUCCUGGCAUUUACCAGGCAACUUCGCAAACAUUAACUUGUUGUGUCAAAUUGAAAUUAACAAACCUAAUAUCAUACAAGAACUGAGGAAUGUCACAAUCAAAGGAGUAGAAAAUUCAAAUUAUCUUGUUGUCGUGGACAAGCUAAAUCCAUAUACUAUGUAUAGUUUUCGGAUUCGUUGUUCUAGUGAAACUUUCUGGAAAUGGAGUAAAUGGAGCACUGAAAAACAAUACUUAACCACAGAAGCCAUUCCUUCAAAGGGACCAGAUACUUGGAGAGAGUGGAGCUCUGAUGGGAAAAACUUAAUAAUAUAUUGGAAGCCUUUACCCAUUAAUGAAGCUAAUGGAAAAAUACUCUUCUAUAACGUAUCAUGUUCAUCAGACAAGAAUACACAGUCCCUUUCUGAGAUCCCGGAUCCUCAACACAAGGCAGAAAUACAGCUUGAUAAGAAUGACUACAUUAUCAGCGUGGUGGCAAAAAAUUCUGUUGGCUCAUCGCCACCUUCCAAAAUAGCUAGUAUGGAAAUUCCAAAUGAUGAUCUCAAAAUAGAGCAGGCCGUUGGAAUGGGACAUGGGAUUCUUCUCACUUGGAAUUAUGAUCCCAACAUGACUUGUGACUAUGUUAUUAAGUGGUGUAACUCAUCUCAGUCUAAGCCCUGCCUUAUGGACUGGAAGAAAGUCCCUUCAGACAGCACCCAGACAGUAAUAGAAUCUGAUCAGUUUCGACCAGGUGUAAGAUAUAAUUUUUUCCUGUAUGGGUGCAGAAAUCAAGGAUAUCAAUUAUUGCGUUCUGUAAUUGGCUAUAUUGAAGAAUUGGCUCCCACUGUUGCACCAGAUUUCACUGUGGAGGAUACGUCUGCAGAUUCCAUAUUAGUGAAAUGGGAAGACAUUCCUGUGGAAGAGCUUAGAGGCUUUUUAAGAGGAUAUUUAUUUUACUUUGAAAAAGGAGAGAGAGACACAUCUAAGAUGAGGGGUUUGGAAUCUGGUCGUUCUGAUGUAAAGGUUAAGAAUAUUACUGACAUAUCCCAGAAGACACUGAGAAUUGCUGAUCUUCAAGGGAAAACAAGUUACCAUCUUGUCUUGCGCGCGUAUACAAAUGGUGGAAUGGGCCCAGAGAAGAGCAUGUUUGUGGUGACAAAGGAAAAUUCUGUGGGAUUGAUUAUUGCCAUUCUCAUCCCAGUGGCAGUGGCUGUCAUUGUUGGAGUGGUGACAAGUCUUCUUUGCUAUCGGAAACGAGAAUGGAUUAAAGAAACCUUCUACCCUGAUAUUCCAAAUCCAGAAAAUUGUAAAGCAUUACAGUUUCAAAAGAGUGUCUGUGAGGGAAACAGUGCUCUUAAAACACUGGAAAUGAAUCCAUGUACCCCAAAUAAUGUCGAGGUUCUGGAAACUCGAACUACAGUUCCUAAAAUAGAAGACACAGAAAUAAUUUCCCCAGUCGCCGAGCGUCCAGAAGAUCGCUCAGAUGCAGAACCCGAAAACCACGUAGUUGUGUCCUAUUGUCCACCAGUCAUCGAGGAAGAAAUACCGAACCCAGGAGCAGAUGAAGCUGCAGGGACCUCGCAAGUCAUUUACAUCGAUAUCCAGUCCAUGUAUCAGCCCCAAGCGAAACCCGAGGAAGAGCAAGAACCUGACGCCAUGGGAGGGGCAGGCUACAAGCCCCAGAUGCACCUGCCCAUUACUUCCGCCAUGGAAGAGGCAGCUGCAGACGAUGACUUAGACAAAACUGCUGGCUACCGACCUCAGGCCAAUGUCAAUACGUGGAACUUAGUGUCUCCAGACUCUCCCAGAUCCACAGACAGCAACAGUGAAAUUGUGUCUUUUGGAAGCCCGUGCUCCAUUAACUCCCGACAGUUUUUGAUUCCUCCUAAAGACGAAGACUCUCCUAAAUCUAAUGGAGGAGGGUGGUCCUUUACAAACUUUUUCCAGAACAAACCCAACGAUUAACAGUGUCCCCUGUCACUUGCAUCUGCCAUCUCAAUAAGCUCUCAUUGCUAGUGUUGCCGCAUCAGCACUGGGCAUCUCGGAGGCAUCCUGUGAAGUAUUGUUAGUGAGGUGGAUGGACUUCACUAUGUGUGAGUUACACUAAAAGUGUUAAUGUGCUUUUAAUGUAGUCUGAAAGCCAAAGUGUAGUAACGCAGAAAUUCAGUCCACACAACUCAAGAUUUGGAGCUAUCAGUGAUUCGAGCCAAAGAAUUCCCACGUUCUCUACCUUCAAGAAGUGCUUCAGGCCUAAUUCUGUCCAGCCCGUACGUGCAAAACUAAUCCCCCAGCCGCUGUGUUCUGUUUUGUCAUUAAUGGUUUUCUCGUAUGUACACUUUAUGGAAUUGCAAGCAGAUUUGCAGGCAAGGGAGGAAAACGUCCGAGUAACAGAUGAGGUUGAUUUGCCUGACAUUUGCUCCAUUGGAUGAAAACCAAGCACAGAUUUUAAAACUUUUAACAUUAUCCUCCUCUGUCCACAGCAUUUACAAAAGUUAAUAUAAUUUUUAAUGUAGUGACAGCUAUUUCGUGUUUUGUUUGAUAAAGUAUGCUGAUUUCUGGGCCUACUGUAUAAUGAUUAUCCAACAGUUUUCUCAGGGGUACAAACUUGGAAAACGAGCAUAACACUGAGCAGCCCAAAUCACAAUCGUCUUUUCUUGCUUUGGUAGGUUUUCAAACCUCUGUUAUUUUUUUAACUUUUAUGCUAGCUUCCCAUAUCACAGUUGGUUGUCCUAAUAUUUAAAACUUAAAUUUCUAAGACUAUAGAUCUAAGUUGUUGUUUUAAAAAAUCUGGGUUAUUUUUUGUUCCACAGUGUCAGUUGUAUAAAUCCAUGAGCAAACUCAGUAUUAUUCAUAAACCUGUAAUUCCAGUGACUUACUGUAUAAGACGACUACUAAACAAGGUCUAGCCACAUUAGCUAUCUGUAUGGUUCUCAUUGGCUUCAGUUCCUCCCGAGAAGACCACGCCAUUGAGCCCCGGUCCCCCAGGCAGUGUGAUCUGUGACACUUGUAGCCGAUGUCCCUCCUGAUCGUUCAUCUUAGCAGUUCCUCUCUUAAAUGAUCAUCAGUCCAGACUAUCUGAUCCAAUCCUCCAAAUUGGAAACAUAAAUGAAAAAGACAGUGCUUCUCACAGGAACAGUUACUCAAGGGCUAUUUUAUAUGAAAUGUCAUGAAAUCAGUCAGACUCAGUGGGCGGACCUUUGUAAAGGUGUUGCAGUUGCUCUCUCUGUAAGCUGCCCAGGGUCCUGAGCCUCACAGCAUCCUCUGCCCACCCUUGGUUUUCAUAAGUGAUGUCUAGAACAAAUGUGGUUCUUAGAAAAGCAGAUGAAAAACUACAAAGUGUAUCUUAUAUUGUCCUUGCCCUCAGGUUGUCUAUGCAUUUUGUCUAUUGAUAGUUAUGGCAAGAGUACUUAAAAAUUUGAAAUAAGUCAAGAUAUGCCUGUUUUGUUAUCAUAAGAAGUUCUGUAAUUGUGCAUAAUGGAUCAGUUGUUUUUUUUCUAGCUCGUAACUAUCUUUAUAAAAACCAUGUUGUAGGUGAAAGCCACAGGGUGACAAAGGACAAAAUCUAUAUAGGUACUUUGUUUAUGAAUCCAGAUUUUAACUGUUAGAAUUCAGCGCAGUUCCUGAGCUUCAUGAUAUAUGGACAUGUGGAAUGAAACAGAAUUAAUUAUGUACACAAAUAGUAUAUUAAAACUAUAUAUAAUAGCUCAUAGAAAUUUUCAACAGUGAAACCUGUGUCAAGCCAGAGCCGUCCCUAGCAGAGUUUGCUGUCACCUUAUUUCUCCUCCUGGGCUCCUUCCUUAGCGUCUGCCCGACACGCUCACACCUGGAGCUGCCUUCCCUCCCUGCCCAAGUUGGUCACAGCUCCCGUCUUGUCCCCAGCUUAUGCCUUGUUCCCCUACAGGUUCUUUACUUCAUCUCUCUAAGAUAAGUGUUGGCUAAGGUAAAGGUGUAUGGGUCUAAAUGACACUAAACUGAGAUUAUGGGAAAAGACCAGAAAAGGUCUUUUAUGAAAUACAUAAAUAUGGGAAAAUAAAAACGCCAUCAAUAUUUACGUAUUUCAACUGUGACCAUCUGGAUCUCGUGCGCUUCCAGCCUAUGUGAGGACUCACGUGUUUGGCUAAGGUGACUGUCACUGGGGCUCUUGAGUCCUUUCACUCGGUCCAAGACUUCACUGCUUCUUCUGUAUGAAAAAGACUGAGUGCUGUUCACCUGUCCCCUGCUUCCAAAGGUCCAUCCCCAGUGCUCGCCGGGUUAAUGAGAGGCAGAGCACUGCUCCGUUCGUCUGGGCACGCUCCUUGUAACUCACUCGAUGCCUAGAAGAAGGUGGUUCAGGUCUGGGGCCACAGCAGGUUCCUUACCUUUCCCCACUGAACUGAAGACAGCCAAGGCCCGCUGUGCAGAUCGGAAGUUAUAACUCCCUUUUAUUACUCCUAAACAGGGCAAGAGAAGGGGGAGGAGGGGCAGAAAGAGAAGACAGCCUUUGUCACAUACCUGGUGGUUUGUGGCACUGGAGACACUGGCAGAUGUGGUGCACUGCUUGUCAGUGUGAAAGGCGGUCCCCUGGGGAACGGGGAACUACGGGCUAGUGAGAAGGGGAGGCUUGAUGUGUUCCCUCCAGCCCUUCCUGCCUGGGAAGAGGAUUGGGAAAUCCUUUCCUCAACUGAAGUCCAAGCAUUGGUUAGAAAAUCCUAAAUGCCUGAACUGGAAUUAUGUUCCACUGCAUAUGUGGAGUAGUAGUACAUAAAGAACACAUUUACACAUCUCUUAUAAGCCAAUUUCAAGUUAAGCUUCCCUUGUGAGGAAUGGAGACCCUGGCAGUCAUUAUGACUGGAUUUCUCUUGUGAGUGGCCCUCGUAAAUAAAUAACCAUAUGAAAAUAUUCUUAGAAGACUUAGCUAGGCUUUUAACAUUAGAUAGACCUUUCUCAUGAUAUAUUGCAUGGAUUAAUACCCAUGUACAAUGGAAGUCUUCAGUGCGUUGAACCUGUAGAAGCCUGGAUUUGAGAUUGUGGCCCCACCUAUCUUGACAGUUGAACCAUGUGUUUAUGUGCUUAAGUGACAGAGGUGCUGUGAUCCUGCAGCUCAGACCCAGAAGCAGCCAUUUCGCAGAACAGUUUAAGGGCAAAAGUGUCAUUUUCCAUACCAGCAUUACUUUCAUGGCUCAUGGAUCUGAAGGAUUACUUUUAGAACAUCUAGUCCUAAACACUGUGGCAAAAGUCACAUUCUUAGCUUCAUGCAGCUGGUAUUCUUGUGGGAAAUUAGUCGUAGAAUUUCUUAAUUGUCUUCAUCCAUAUUUAAAGAACAUCACUGCCCUUUCAGUAUUUGAAUCAUAAGAUGUAGUUUAGUGAAGGAGAUCAAGGAAUAUUUUCUUCCAAAGGGAAUUUGAAAUCAAUUUUAGGAUAUUUUGAAGUUCAAGCACUCCCUAACAUGUCCAUAUGCGGAAAAUAUCAUUUCCAAAUUUCUACUGCUCAGGCAUAUAAUCUGAGAAGACUUUUUACUUGUUUAUUUACUCUCAAGUAAUGUUUGUUGUUUUCUGUUUUGAACCAUGUUAAAAAUAUGUAUUUCUUUUAUGAAAUUUUUUUUUAUUUUGAAAGUAUAAAAUUGGGCAAUUCAAGAGUAAAAUGCAGGAUCAUUAGCUAAUUACAAAGUCUAGGCAUCUAGUGGAAGUCCAGUGAGUAAUUUUGUAUUGACAGAGUGCCGUCCCAGGCUGCAGACCCACCGAGUUUUCCUGAAGGGUGGUGUAUAUCAAGAUGUAACUUGUGUAGACCUGAGCCUGUUGGCCCGAAGAUUCAUUACUCUACAAGUGGCUCCACAGUUGGAGUGAAAAUUUCAGGAAGACUCAUGCAAAAGCAUCACUAGAUAUCGUAUUUCGCCCUAAUUUUAAGUGUUCAUAGUUUCUUUGUAUUGGGUGGGUAUACAGAUUGGGACAUGCUUGUACCAACCAGCAUGCAUUCUAGCAAACCAUACCAUUCAUUGAUGUGUGAAUUUAAUUGAUUGAGUACCCAUUCUUUUGAUAAACUUUUGGAAACUUUUUUCCAAGCAUUUAUUUUAAAAUGGAAUUUCCUGGUAAAAUAAAGUAUCAUGGCACCACGCCCAUCUUAUUUUUUAUAUCCAGAAGAAAAUUUUUCACACAAGAAAUGAUUUGUGGCCAAACUUACUGGAAAUGCAUCUGCAGACAUGACCUUAGAAUAUCAUUGGAAAUUACUUGGUUUGAAUUGGGUCUGUGUCUGUCUUCAUGGAGUAUGUAUCAGUGCCGGUAUGGAGGAUUAAGAACAACAUUCUAUUAAUAUGUCAGGCUUUCUUGUGUGUGAUAAAAAUUUAGGGGAUGUAGUUUGAUGUAGAACAUAUCCAAAUCUGUAUAAUUAUGAUAUUGAGUUAUGACAAGAUUCUAUUAUUUUUAACCACGAGUAGUGCUUGUUUCUCCCUUUAUUAGGAAUGUUAAUAUUUUGGAUCAUAAGUGUCCUAGUUAUAAUCAGAAUUUACCUAUGCAAGACAAAUUCUAACUGCAACAUUUUUAUGAAAAUUAAAAGUAGCAUUUUAAGAGGGAAUCCCUCUGAAUUUUUUUUUCUGUGCAAGUGCCUAGCUGAAGAACCAUAGAAACAGUAAAUUCGAAAGCUUUUAAAUAAACUAUAACUAAUUGAAUAUUAACCAAUUACAAAGCAGGAAUAACUUAUAUUGCUUUUUGGUUGCUAUAACUGAAUACCCUAAAAACUAAGAGAUGUGAAUGGGGAAAAAUUAAUAUUUAAUUGAUAAUGGAAUUGAUUUUAUUACAUUUACAUAUCUCUCCUAAGAUGUCUUUGCAGUAGCCAAUCAAAACUAAAAAAAAAAAAACAAAAAAAAGAAUACGUCAUAGACCUUAUGCUGCAGUUAAGCCAAAAAUACUUUGUACACCUCUGAAUGGCUCACUUAAAAGUAUUGAAUUCUUUUAUGUACUUUAAAAUGUACUUCCCUUUAGAGUUAUUCCAUUUUAAAUGGGUAACUUCCAAUUUCUGAACCUAACUAUUUUUCCUAAGCAUUCCAGUGGUGUAUUCUUAAAGAUCAAAAGAUUUCUAGGUGGUAAUACAAUUUGCAUGAAGACAUGGACAAGUUAACUCUUAGGUUUAACAUUAGUAUUUUUGCAGUUGAUCAUAGAAAACUACUGAAUAAUGAUUUUCAUAAUUUUUUUCAAAUAUUCUGCCCCCAGUUUGAUUCUAAAUACUUUUCCCCAUUAUUUAUGAUAUAUCCUUCUAUUUAAUUUUUUUUUCUUCCAACAUAUGUUUAGGAAAAAAUGUGAACACAUUAUGAAUAGUCGGAGACAACACACAAAAAGAAACCCUAUUCAGUCUAUUGUUGUGGAAGGGUAGUUAUUAUAUGAUACCCUGGGAUUUGUUUUAUCCUAUUACCCCGCCCCCAACCAAAAAAAAAAAAAAAAGAAGAAGCAGCAUAGCUUUUCCUUAAAAACAUUUCAAAUCAGAAAAUGCUUGAAAAAGAUUGGCUUGGAUAGCAAGACAUCCUAAAUUUGAGAUGUCACCACCUUAAAAAGUAUGUUCAAAGGUCAAAUCAUUUUCAAAUACUCAACCCUUUUAGUGGGAAUGUGUUACUUUUUAUUCUCUUUCAUUAGCUGGCCAUAAUUUCUUGUAAAAUUUCCUAAAAUUACCAUUUUUUUACUUUCAAAAUUGCAUUAUAGUGAAUUACUGUUUACAAAAUACACAUACUGUGAACAGAUAACAAGUUUCUGUCUUCUAUAAGGUUGUUUGUAGAAUGAGGUUUUUUUUAAGGGGAUGUUAUAUGUUAAGUGUUUUCAGUUUCUUUUUUUUUAUAGAUGCUAGCAACUGUUUACUAAUUUUUGUAUGGUCAGGUAUGUGCAAAUGUAGCUGAAAGAGAAACUGCAGAUCUAAAACUUCCCCUUUUCAUUUCUUGAAAUAUUACCACUACAUACCCUUUUUCUUAACCUGAAUGAUCAGUUGUGAUGUUCUGUAUCUAAAAUGAUACUUAAAUCAUAUAAGGAAAUAUUUAAAUACUAUACACAUACAGGAAGCAAACUAUGAUUGUAGUAUAUUUGUGUGGUUCAGUCUAAUUCGCGGAAUUCUGAGUUAUGGAAUAAAACAACUCUACUUAAAGUGAUAACAACUAAAGUAUUUUUGCCUUGUGAAAAUUUGGAGAUUAUGUUACUCUUAGAAUGGAAAAUUUGGCCAUUUUAUAUCAUUGUAUAAUUUCACAAUUUAGUUCCAUAUCUUUUGGAAAACAUGGUUAUAGCAAAAACAUAGACUAUAAAUAACCUAUUACUAAGAUACCUUAAAUGUAAAACUAGUAUGCUUAGCUGUUAACUCUUAAAGAUGUUACUUAUGUCUGUUUUUAAAACAUGCAUGUAUUUAACAAUUUUAUCAUAGUAUUGUCAUGGAAAAAAAAUAAAUAUAUUUUCUUAUAACUUA